AUGCCCCAUCCCCACACCUACCCCGGAGAUGAAGAGCAAAUCCUCCUCCUCAUUCUCCCCCUUUGGGGCCUGCUAGUCUGCCUAUGUUUCUGGAUCCUGCUAUCCAUCUACAUUUGCAGCGAGAAGCCGGCACAAACAUCCUCCUUCACCGACGAAGAAACUCCCCUCCUACACACCCACGUCGACGCAGCAACACUGCGUCUCCCGCCCAUUCCCCACCCCACAUUCGUCGUGCACGUCUGUGUCGCACUGGAAUCCCGCCCGGGGAGGUACACGCCCUUGUUCGCAUUCCCGCACUCGCUUUAUAUCGGCGUGCCCGGGGAGUUCUACGUCGAGAGGGGGCGCUGGAAUGCGGGUGUGGGGCACGCGAGACGACAGGGCAGGGCGGUGAGGGUGCGGUGCUAUAGAUGGGAUGGGACGGCGUUUACGGUGCCGGUGGAGACUUUUCGGCAUAUGCAUAUGGGUGCUGAGAGGGUGAGGAUGAGGGACCAGGAUGUGAGGGUUAGUGUGAGGAGUAGGUCGGUUAGUAGUUCAGCUAUUAGCUCGAGUUGA